AUACCAAGUGCAUAAGAUGCCGUUAAGAGCAACUGAGAGCAACGGAAUGGUCAGUGGUGGUGAUAUGCCGUGGUAAGCGUGAGGAUGUCGUGUGUGUUUCGUGCGAGUGUAUUUCGUCCCACAAUCGUUUCGAAAUGACGAGCGUUUCCGCAGUCCGCGAGUGAUUCAGUGCCGAAAAUUCUUGCUUGUUUGUACAUACAGUUCAAGCAGAAUGGUAGUACAGAGAAGUGAUCAUCAAAACGAGGGAAGCCUUGUCCAGAUUUAGGGGGAGGGGGAAGAACAGCGGUGGCAUCUUCUGCUUUGAGUAAUCAGCAGUUAUUGCUUCUCUAACGAAAAUACGAACAAAACUUGCUAUUUUCAUUUUCCUGGAGCAGGACACUGAAACGGAGUAGAGACCUGAUGAUAUGGCGAGCAAAACUGAGGAUACUGUAUCUAUCGACAAUCCUAACGACGGAAGUAGCGUGGACAAGGAAAUAUUGACGAUCAGUGGAACGGAUGGCUCUGGCCAUCGUGUUCCUCCUACAUACCUAUAUAAUACGGGUUCGGAACAGGGAACCGGCAAUUCCGAGCAGGACAGAAAUGGCCAGAAUCGCAGUCAAGCCACAGAAGACCAAUUGGGUCCAUUACCUCCCAAUUGGGAGAAGGCAUACACGGAUACAGGAGAAGUUUAUUUUAUAGAUCACAAUACUGGUACUUCUCAUUGGUUGGAUCCGAGAUUAUCGAAAUUUCAAAAGCGUUCCCUUGAGGAAUGUCUUGAUGACGAGUUGCCUUACGGUUGGGAGAAAAUCGAUGAUAUCUUAUACGGAACUUAUUUCAUCGAUCACGUUAAUCGUAAAACUCAAUACGAGAAUCCGGUGUUACAAGCGAAACGGGCACAGCAGGGUCACUCCGAGAGGAAGAGUCCCAAUUUCACUAGGAAUCCUGAUAAGCUCAAGGGUCAAAGUAUACGUACAACUCUACUCAAGAGCUCGCGCGGUCUUGGCUUCACCAUAGUCGGCGGAGACGACUCCGUUGAGCAGUUCUUGCAGAUAAAGAGCGUGGUACCUAAUGGGCCUGCGUGGUUAGAUGGAAAAUUGCAGACCGGAGACGUCUUGGUUUACGUGAACGAUACAUGCGUACUUGGAUUCACGCAUAACGAAAUGGUAAAUGUAUUUAAAUCUAUAGGUAGUGGAGAGACUGUUACGUUAGAAGUAUGUCGUGGCUAUCCAUUACCGUUCGAUCCAAACGAUCCGAACACCGAGGUCGUAACGACUAUUGCAGUCAGUGCGCCAGGUGAGAUUGAAAUCGGUCGGGACGACGAGAAUCGGCAUAGAGGAAACUCAUUUCUAGCAGACAUUUUAACAGAGGAGCCGGGAAUGUAUAUGGAUCUGGAUCCAAGUCUACAGAACGAUGCGCGUUUUAAUUUCUUGGAUUCGACAUUCCUACCAGUCCAUAGUCUUCAGAACGGAGAGAAUCUCGCUACGGCUUCCGUGAACUCGAUGCCUGAUCUUUGUAUAUCCGACAAGAUUAAUACGAUCAAACGACCAAGCAGUACAGACAUCCUGUUGACUGAGAGUGGAAACAUGAAUGAUCGCAAGGACUCUCCCAUGCCCAGUAAACCGGAAUUCCUUAGUAUCUCUAUAGUCAAAGGCAGUAUAGGAUUUGGCUUUACUAUUGCUGAUUCUGCGCAUGGUCAGAAGGUUAAGAAAAUCCUGGAUAGGCAGCGCUGCAAGAAUUUGAUGGAGGGCGAUAUUUUGGUGAACAUAAACGACACAAAUGUUUGUAAUAUGUGCCACUCGGAAGUGGUCCAAGUGUUGAAAGACUGUCCGCGCAAUCAGGAAGCACUAAUACACGUUCAGAGAACGACGAUGAAAUCAAAGGAAAAAAAGGAGAAGAGCUCACAGGAUUUCUUCAGAAGCAAGACGCCAACCGCGGAUAUUUACAGCACGCAAUCGAAAACUGUGGUACCAAGUCGACCCAAGACGCCAUUGGUAGACACUAGAAAUCGACCGAAAACACCGAACGACUCGUCCAGUUCUAAUUGGAACGAGAUUCAAAAUGAAAACGAAAUGAAUCCUUUGGACAAUCGAUACAAGUAUCCUGAUUAUAAUCAUACAAUGUACUACACAGAUCCGUAUAAAGCUAACAUAGGCAAUUUGUCUGACAAUUUUGUCACUAUGACGAACUUGGAUGACGAUUCUGUAAGAAAUGUCACGAAGAGGGACUGGACGACAAAUGAUAAAUUGAGUUUAAGUAGCGAUAUGUAUUCAAUUGACGUGUCGCAUCAUAACAAUAUAUUGAAGCAAAAUGGUAGCAUACAUUCCGAUUACUACAAGGAUCUCUAUGCGGUACAAUCGCAUUCCCAGUACAGCGAGCCGGAUUACAAUACAUACACCAUUGGGCAAGAACAAAAUGUCGAUACUGGGGAAAUUUGGGACAAGCGAAAAGAAACGACCAGCUUCGAGCAUGAACAGCCACAUUCCAGUUCUGUAACACGGUAUCCGCAGUACAGCGGCGAAUUGGUCUGCCCUACCAUUCCUGACAUUGAAUGGAUCGAGACCCUGGUUACACUGGUUAGACAGGAUACAGGCUUUGGUUUUAGGAUAGUCGGUGGCACCGAGGAAGGGUCACAGCAGGUUUCCGUUGGACAUAUUGUUCCUGGAGGUGCAGCUGAUCUGGACAGUCGUCUGAAUACCGGUGACUUAAUUAUGUCAGUAGAUGGAGAGAGCGUUAUGAAUUCCUCGCACCAUCACGUGGUGCAACUGAUGAUAGCUGCUGCUCAAAAUGGUAGAGUCACUCUGGGCAUUCGACGCCGUAUAAAUACACAGGAGCAUCUACAGGAAAACUUACAGUCUUCAUAUUCCCGACAUAUGAACAUACAAUAUCCUUAUGACGUGACUGUAACACGAAUGGAAAACGAGGGAUUUGGCUUCGUUAUUAUAUCUUCUGUGAAUAAAGCCGGUUCCACCAUUGGUAGAAUAAUUGAAGGAUCCCCGGCAGAAAGGUGCGGCCGAUUGAAUGUUGGCGAUCAUAUUCUCGCGGUGAAUCACGUCGAUAUUACGAACGUCUGCCACAAGGACAUCGUCAACUUGAUCAAAGACUCGGGUUAUUCCGUCACACUGACAAUUGGCUAUCCACUCGACGAUUGCUGUAGUAGCGCAUCUCUGUCCCAGAAGGAUGAACCGACAGGCGACGGGGACGGCGGACAGUAUCACGCGGUCGAACUAACACGAGGCACUCGUGGCUUUGGCUUCAGCAUUCGCGGUGGUCGUGAGUUCCAGAACAUGCCGCUCUUUGUCUUGCAAAUAGCUGAAAAUGGCCCUGCGUCCGUCGACAAUCGACUGCGAGUAGGUGAUCAAAUAAUCGAAAUAAACGGUAUCAACACGAAGAACAUGACGCAUACGGAGGCCAUUGAGAUUAUUCGUAAUGGCGGACCUUCCGUGCGUCUUUUGGUGCGGCGCGGAUGUCAAAUGCCCUCUGUGAGUAAUCUCACGCUCGACCAAAUAAGUAUUCGACCGAUUGACGAGGGCGCCCUGCGCGGUCAAAAAUCGAAAUUACACGAGGGUGGUGCACUCUCUAAAAAACGUAGGAAAAAACGAUUUUCCAUUUCGCUGAACUGCUGUUCGUCUAGAAAUCGACUUGAGUAAUGUAAAUGCAUCACUAGGUCGACCUUUUUACACAGCCGAGAGUGUCGAAAGUGAGUACGCAAUUAGGUGUAUAAUAUGAAAAGUAAACGAGCGAACAAGAUACAAAAAAGACGCGCUGAAUUAUAUGUAGAAUGGAUCCAUGCGUUGUUCAACAUUCAUUCACAAUAUCCUUAGAUAAUAUUGAACUAAGCUUUAAUGAUAUCGAAGAACUACUGACUAUGGCAAAUGUAACAGAUCACAUAGAAUAUCAUCCAUUUAUGGAAUUUAUAGUAAACUCGUUAAACAAUUAAAGGUUGGCAACUGCUGGAAUAUUCCUUAAUGAAUUUGUCCAUCGAAAACCUAUUAGAAGAACAAAUUACAUACUAUAUUCUGCUUCGAAUAAAUAUUUCAAUAAACUCAAGUGACAAUGAGGGUAAAUAAGAGUUAUGCAAGACCUUCGAUACAUAUAUUCUAUAAGACUUUAGUACAGUAAGAGGCACAUGGGGUUGCUCCCAAUAUUAGUGAUAAACACGCGAUCUUACCGUACUGCUUAUCAUUGCUGUUGAGGAUGAUUACUUACCUCUCACUGUACUUAUUACAAUAAUGAUAUAGCGAAUCUGUAAAUGUUCAGCUGAUCUUAUUAGUCUUUACAGAAGUUCGUACUAUUAUCUCGUUAGGGCGUGAUACUGGCUAUCAUUGAAUAAUGUUCCCUUAGAUAUUUAUUAACAGUUUAAUGAAAUAUGUAUGUAUGUUCAUUAAUUAUUAUAAAUUAAGUGCCCAACCAAAGAAAUAAAUGCACCCAUCAACCGUGUUAUAUCGGGAUACAGACUUUUAGGGCGAGAGGCCAAUUAUAUUCUAGACUCUUUCUGAACUUUUUUUUUUUGUAUAUCUUUUCUUAUCUCUUUUCUUUCCUUUUUUUAUCUUUUUGUAUUCUCACACGUACUCAACGAGCUUCUCUUGGGCAAGCAAUGUGGGUUGGCUACCCAUGCUCACAAUACAGUGACGUUUGUAAUAAGAUGCAGCAGCGUAGAGCGAAUGAAAAAUGCAUUUUAUAGUAGUGCCUUCCUGUUCUUUUACAACAUGAAAUAAUGUAAACGCCACAGCGAUGACGUCAGACAUAAUCAAAGAUGAAGCUAUAUAUUUUUUUACCGCUAGAUUUAAUGAUAAAACGCGUGACGACAUGAUUAUUUGGUACGUGGGCAUUUUGAAGAAAAAAAAAAAAAAAAAGAAAUCUACAAGGGACACUUAACUAAAUUGCAUUUCUAGAUCUCGACAAUGCUACAAGUACCCAUUGUGAGCAAAAUUAAAAAUCGUCGCUGUUAGCCACGUACUUUUUAAGACAAAAAAACUGAUAGAAGAAGAAAAACGUGAUUAGGAUAUGGUCGAAAUUAUGACAUUUGUAUAAGGUUUACGAUCAUCGAUAAUGAUCGAUACGAAUGCGAUUUAUUUGUAAUCUCCUCACAGCGUGUCACGAGCGCGUUUAUUUUUUAUAAACAUAUAUAGAUAUUGUAAAUUGACUAGGAGAUCUUAAGGCUUGCAUAUAAUACUUGUAAAUAUAAUUGUUUGCAAAGAACGUAGGAUAAUUAAGUGAAUUGUUCAUCGUUCGGUGACAUCUCACCGAUUUAAUAAUUAAUGAUUCGAGUUGAUGAUCGAUGAUUCAUUGAUGACUCUUUUAAUUGUAACGACUGACGUGUAAUAACGGCAUCUCAUUAUAUUGAUAACGACAAUAACUCGUUUACUUAUUUGUAUCGUGUCUUUCACUUCAGAUCUGAUGAUGAUUUUUAUAUGAUUUGUACGAUGUACAAUCAUUCUUUUCUUUUUUCUUUUAUUUUAUUCAUUUCCUUUGAUUCUGUCAUACGUUAUCAUCCCUCUGUAGAUGAAUCAUUCUUAUCAGACCACCGUAUAAUAAGUUUACAUGAUCUUUGAUAUUUAUUGUAAUUAGCCGGUUGUGUAUGCACGUCCCUUUAUACUGUAAAUGCAUGUUGCGGACACUGGCAAUUGUUUAAACGUAACGGUUCGAGAUGAAUUAAAAAUGAUAUAAAAAAAAACAUUGUUACUUCGAAACGUAUUAUACUACUACUGUAUCGUUGUUAAAGUAUAUUGAAACAAUAAAUAUUGCAUCAAAAUA